GCCUAGUUGAUCUCAUCCAGUUGGUGUUUUCUCUCUCUAUCUCCGCAGUUCCCGGUUUCCAUUCUUUCUGUCCCUCUGUUUAGUGUUUACGAAGGGGGCGCGAGGAGAGAGAGAGAGAGAGAGAGAUGCCGAAAAGCUGAACGCAGCGAGCCAACCGAGAAACAGAAAUACCCGUUGUAAAUACCGAAGCUAUAACGCCAUUAACCAAUAACAAUGGCUGCCUGCUGAAACUCCGUCGACCAUCUCCGUCUCCGACGCGAUUACGCUCCGCCUCCUUCCCCCAAAACAUCGAAGAUUCGCGCUCCCCGCACAUUUUGCAACCCUCACCUAUCGGGAUUUCACCGCCUCCUCUCCUUGUUCUCGGGUUAUUUUGGUAUUUGGGUCUCUUGAUUGCUCAUCAGACCCCGAAAUCCUUAAAAGGCCCCUCAGAUGGUUGAAACACAUUUGGUUGUACUGUGAGCCCAUAGGCAUUAAGGUCAUAUAUUGAGAUGGAACCACGUACAAAAGAAGCUUCCCCUACUGUGAAAGCGGAGGCAGGCGAAGACACUACUCCUAGCUUCAAAGAUUAUGUCCAUCAAGCCAUUCAAAGGAUCAUUGAUAUUUCUUCUUCCUCAGAGGAGGAUGACUCUGAUGAGCCUCAAGAGGAUGUGGAGGAUAGCCAAGUUCAGGAAAAUCAUGCCAACAAACAGCUAGUGCUCUAUGAUCCUGGUGCAAGCAGUAAUAACAGCGAGCUUGACACGAAUCCUCAACCAAUUCAGAGCAGAGCCCCAAUGAUUACAAGAUAUACCCCUCGAGUUAUGCCUAAAGUUUUGCCAUCUGUAGGUGCUUUCACAGUUCAAUGUGCCAAGUGUUUCAAGUGGAGGCUCAUCCCAAGAAAGGAGAAAUACGAAGAAAUACGCGAACAUAUACUGGAAAGACCGUUUUAUUGUGAAGCAGCUAGAGAAUGGAGGCCUAACGUAUCAUGUGAUGAUCCAGAGGACAUUUCCCAAGAUAGCGGCAGGCUCUGGGCAAUUGACAAACCGAAUAUUGCCCAGCCACCUCCGGGAUGGCAACGGUUACUACACAUCAGGGGCGAAGGCAGUACCAAGUUUGCUGAUGUGUACUACAUGGCACCCUCUGGAAAGAAACUUCGCUCUUUCGUUGAGGUACAAAAGUACUUGGCUGAUCACCCUGAAUUUGCCGAAGGAUUAUCCAUGUCGCAAUUUUCAUUCCAAACUCCAAAACCUUUGCAAGAAAACUAUGUGAGGAAGCGUCCUCGUUUACCCCCUCAAACUGAUAAUCCCAGACUUCUACCACCAACGGAAGUGACUCCUCUCUCAAUGGUUCGUCCAGAGAAUUAUGUAGAUCUGCAGCUUGGUAUGCCGCCGCUCUUGCCUCAGGAACCUGCUUCUGAUUCUGCUGGUCAACCAGCAAAGAAGCCAAGAGCUUUCUGGAAAGACAUGUACUGUGAUGAAAGUUCAGUUUAUAACAACCAAUGUCAGCCAACGGUAGGAGAGCCAAGUCAAUCUGUAAAUGAUGGUUUGAGUCUUUGAACUCUUUCCUCCACAGAAAUCCUUGCAUGCCUUGGUUACAAUAUUUUUUGUUCACAGGCUUUAUCUUUUGUUUACUGGAACGAAAGAAACCUAUAUCCGAGCCCAGGAAGGCACGGGGUCAGCCUGUGAAGCAUAGAUUGUAUUGUUUAGUGUUUGUGGAAAUAUAUAGUUUGUAUUCUCUGUCAAAUCUCUAUCAUCUUCUCUCUGAACUUUCUUUCUCUACAAGCCUGCAACUUUCUACCAUUCCAUGCCCAGUUGC